UUGAAUCACGUUUUAAAUUUUCUUUCAUUUUCUUUCCGAAUAGAAAGUUCCUUAUUGAAUCUAAGUUGCAUUUCAUCCAUGGUUAUCUAUUUUCUAUAUAAAUAUAUCUAUAUAUAUAUAUCGUUUGUAUAAAUUUAACCUUUAUUCAUGUAUCGAUAGAAGACACACAGGGUUGACUUUACGACAUGAUCCUUUCCAUCCUUACCUUAGUGAUUCUCGUAUUUAUUUAUGCGUUAUUGAAAAGGUAAUUUAAGUUAUUGCGAAGCUAUAAACAUCUUACGAUUGAAAACGAUUACUAACUUUUAACGUAAUUAAUAUCAUAUAGAGCCAUUUUAAUUUAGAUCAUUUUUCAUUGUCCAGUGAAGGGAAAUAAUGUCAUAAGUAGGUCUUACAUCUUGAGCUUGUAUUCUAUGUUCCAGUAAACUGAAAAUUUUAUUAAUCUCGGCUUCAUCAGCUUACGUCAACGAAAAACCAGAAUCAAAAUAUGGGAGAUCGGGGUAUGUAUGGAAAAAACAAAUCUCUCUACGAACCUAUAGAGAAAAAACAAGAAGAAAUUACAACUUCUAAAAAACCGGUUACUAAACGUUCUGCGUCUGGUUGUAAUUGGAAGGCAUAUAAAGAUAUAAUACAUACAGAAGAAUCAAGUUAUGAUAAAAAGAAGAAUAAUUCGACAAAGAAAUCUUCCAAUAAAUCUCAAAAAUUCAAAAAAUCAAAUGUUUCUCUGCUUGAAACGGGCAAUACAAUGAAGGAGGAAAAAAAAUACGAUCAUACUGUACCAGAGAAUAACAAAAAAAUAACAAAACUGAUUGCAAUAGAUUGUGAAAUGGUUGGAAUUGGCGAUGGGAGUGAAAGUAUGAUUGCUAGGGUAUCUAUCGUAAAUAAAUUUGGUUAUUGCUUGUAUGAUAAAUACGUUAAGCCGAGAGAGAAAGUGCAAGAUUAUAGAACAGCCGUCAGUGGUAUUUAUCCGCAUCAUUUAAAGAAUGGAGAAGAAUUUUCUAUUGUACAAAAAGAAGUAGCAGAUAUAUUAAAAGGACGAAUUCUAGUUGGUCACGCUUUAAAGAAUGAUUUAGCUGUACUAUUCUUAUCGCAUCCAUGGAAAAGUUUAAGGGAUACAUCUAGAUAUAAACCUUUUAGACAAAUUACAAAAGCAAAUACUCCUAGUCUAAAAAGAUUAGCGUCAGAGCUGCUAGGAAUAGAAAUACAAGUAGGUGAACACAAUUCAGUUGAAGAUGCAAGAGCAGCUAUGCAAUUGUAUAUGCUAUAUAGAACUAAAUGGGAAGCCGAAAUUUACUCGAGAAGAUAAAACAAAAUAUAUUUAUCGUUUUAUAGAAAGAUGAUUAUGACCCUCCAUUUGAUUGUAUUUUUAAUAUACAUAAUUCAAAACGUG